UGCCAUCGAGUAUGCAAAUUGAUGAAAGUAACGAGCAGUGCGUGCCCGACUUGUUAUCGAGAGCGGAUGAGCUGGCGGACGAGUUUAUGCGAGACAUGAUCGAGGAGGCUCGGGAGACCGAACGGCGCAUCGAGCAGCUGCAGCUAGCCGUUUGGCCCAGCAGUGGUAAAGUGACGUCCAAGUCGAAGCGCAGCUCCGUUGUCAACUGGCUGUUCAAGUGCCAAAUCGCGGAGGAAGAGGAGGCGGUUGCUUGGAGAGGCGUUAACAAACGCAAAAACGAUAACGAUUACGAUGACGGCAGCGAGACCGGUAAUUUGCUGAGAAUGGAGAAAAGAAGAAAAACGGAGGAAAAGGAGGAGGUUUUCGUAGCCGAGAAGAGUGUAGACGCACAGCGAAAAAUUAGAACGACGGUGGAGAAAGAGGUCGCCGUAUUCUCAACUAAUUUGGCGCUUCAGCCAGCGGCUGGUUCUCCAUUGGAUUUGACGGAGAUGAUCCGACGAUUGGUGCAGUGCGCCAGGAGCGCCCAGUACUCGAGGAUGAGCAUCGAUUUUUGCCUUAGGGUCGAUCCGAGCAUAGCGCUUUUCAGAUUCAUGCAGCUUCACCAGAGAGUCAUGAGCAAUGUUUUCUGGCACACUAGGUUCAAUCAUUGGUGCAAGGACAAUAAUCCUUUACAACAAACAUCGUCUGCAAAAAUUACUGAUUUGUCAAACACGGACUCUAACAAAGGCUUGCUGAGAAAUGAAGAAUUCCCAAAAGUUUCUGAUCCUAAAGUUGUGAUUUCUUUUCCUGCACAAAGAAGUAAAGCAAAUCGCCCAAAACAAAACAAAUCUGAUCAAGAACCAAGAGGUUAUAAUUAUGUAAGGAAUCCACCUCUUCUGUCAGCUAGGAAAGAAUCGUAUGAUAUGCAGUCACAGAAAAGUGUAGAGAGCGUUAAAAAAUUACAGUUUCCAAUGCUGAAGAAAGACUGUUACAAACCAAAAGUAAGCAUCACUCUGAAUAAGUACCUGUUUGACCCCAUUGAAGAAGAAGUUCCAGAGUUGGAAGGUGAUUUCCAAAAUCAACCUGUAAAUUUCCAUAAUUCUAAUCUAGAAAAUUGCCUGGGACCGGGUGUAAAGAAAAUGGUAAAGAGGACACCUUUAUCCGAUGUCACAUCUGAAGAUUUAAAUUUAGGCUCUUUGUGUGUUAAACCUACAAAACUAACGAGUAUUAACAAAACUAAAGAGUCAAAUAGUGAAACGACCCCUUUAAGCAGCACUGAAAUUACAAAAAUAUCUUUACCCGUCAGUUUGCCAAUCGAUGAAAUAUCUCCAAACAUGUUUUUUUAUUCGUUACCUCAAUAUAGCUAUUCCGAUGAUUUUAAUAAUGAUUUUCAUCCAAAUAGACAGGUCACUUACGGUUGUGAUGGGUCUAACGCUUAUAAUUAUAGUUCAGAUGAGGAAUGUCCACCUCAAAAUAAGGCUUGCUCACCUAUUGUUGGAUCAGAAAAUGUUAAUGAAAAAACUAUUAAUAGUGUCAGUAACAUAAAACAGCAAAACAAAGAAAAUUCAGCUGACAAACAAGGUGAAGAGUCAAUAAACAAAAGUGAAGAAAUAAGUAAAAGUGACUGCGUUUUGGCUGAAAAUAGGUGCAAAAAAAUAAAUGAACAAUAUAUUACGACGAACAAGUCUGAUGAAGUUGUCAACGAAAACGACGACAGUAACGAUGAUAACUUUGAUAACAUGGUAUUAGUCUUAUCAAGCACAACUUCUGAUGAUAAUAGCGACUUUGAGCAUAACAAAGAAAACAUUGUUGAGAUGAUGCAUCAAGAUACUGAAGAGAGUACGACAAAUCUUGACUCUGAUAAUAUUGCUUAUGUAAAAGAUAAAAAUAUGAAUGAAAAAAAAUCAAUGGCUGAUAUAGUUCAACAAGAAAAUGUACCUGAACCUUCGAAAUUAUCACAUUGCUGUGAACCUCAAGUUGAUUCAAAGGCUGAAGCAAAAAGUUUAAAAUUAGUUAUAGUUCGCAAUGGAAGUACAGAAAAAUGGGGAAUUAAAAGAAAAACAUCAUCAGAAACAGACUCAUUGUCAGAUAAAUCACUUACAAAAAAGUCCUCUCCACCAGAAACUGCAGUAACUGAACAUGUAUCCGAACCUGUAUUGCACAGGGACGUUGAAAUGGCUGUAAAUACCGUCAACACUGAAGAUAAUCAUGUCUUAGCAAAAGAUACUCAAGUUGCACCGGAAAACUCAUCAUACAUGGACAUUGAAAUGGCCAUAAAUACCGUCAACACUGAAGAUAAUCAUGUCUUAGCAAAUGAUAAUCAAGUUACACCAGAAAACUCAUUGCACAAAGACGCUGAAACGGGCACAACUACUACUACUGAAAAUGUAAGCGAAUGCAAUCGUAUAUCUAUGGAUGGUGGUCAAAUUCAGUUGAUACCUUCAUUGCACAAAGACGUUGAAAUGGGCACAACUACUACUGCUGAAAAUGUAAGCGAAUGCAGUAGUAUAUCUACGGAUGGUGAUCAAAAUCAGUUAAAACCUUCAUUGCACAAGGAUGCUGAAGUGGACGAAAGUGCCACUGACGACGAAUGCAAUUAUGUUAUUGCAGAUGAUAGUCAAGUAGUUCCAGAUAACGAAGAUCACUUAGAAGGAGGAGAUUUUGAUUUUGUUAAUGAAAUAACUUAUGAUUCUGAUCACGACAGUUACAUGUGUGAUAAUAGUUUACUCAAAGAAAGUGAAGCUGUUAUGGAAUGUGUAACAUUCACGAAUGAGGAAAAAAGUCACGAAGAUGAAGAUAUUAUAUUUCUUGAGGCUAAAACAUCAAAGCCAAUGGUCGUAAACAAACAUAUUCAUCAAAUGAAAAGUGAAGAAAUUACAUUAGAGACGUUUAAUGAAUUGAACUUGCACAAAAGUAUAGUUGCUCCUGAAACAGCAAAAGAAGAGUCAAAUAACGAUAUUACCAAUGAAGAACAAGAAGUUUUUAAAAAGUCACUUAACGCUCUAAUGAAUGACGUGGUGCUACGUGAUGCUGAUAGUACAGUUGACAAUAACAAUGAAAUUCUGACUUGUUCAAAGUUAACAAGUGCGCAGCUCAACAUAUUCCAAGCAUACAACAUAACUGUCGUAGAUGAUCUUGAGAAUUUUCCGAAUAAAGUUUAUGGCAAAAAUAACGCUGUACACCCCCCAAUUGAAAGCAUACCUGUUCAACCACCUGUUCAACCAACAAUUAGAGUUAGAAACAUGAACGAAUUAUUAGCCAAACCAAAUGAUAUACCAAUUAGUUCAGAUUGCACAGCUGGAAAUAAUAAUCUAACUGUUCAGGCCACUCCAAUAAAUGUAAUUACAGCUCCUCAAACUAAUAUUCUCGUACCUCACGUACCUGCACAAGCUUCCAAAGUUAUAGUAGCCAGCCAGUUAUAUGCUAAUAUGUUUGAUAUGCCUGGAAGCAAUGAACACUCAACUAGUAAUGUACCAAAAAAUCAGCCAAUGCACGAUUACGAUAUUUUUUCAUUGCCUCUUCGUCCCUAUGAAUACUUCCAGUUACCUGAACCUUGUAGCAUAUAUGAUGAAGACUCUGAAGAUGUGAAGCUCGCUAAAGUACGUAAGUACCAGAAAGCGUUGCAAAAAAAAAUCAGAGAGGCUGUUCAAUAUUUUCAAAUGAAUAAAAAUCUUGUGGUUCAGAGUAUUGAUUCGUUUCUACAUUACAAGACAUUAAACAUGAAUAAUGUAUACUUUCAUCAAUAUUUAAAUUCGUAUUUUCAAUGUUUUUGUGCUAUAAGGAGAAUUUCUGGAUACACUACAACUAAUUUUAUCAUGUGGGUCAUGAUAAAUACUUUGGAAAAUAGUCCUGACGGCUGCAUAUUUUUUUCCAAAGCCAAUAGUUUUAUUUGUAUGUCUCAACUAUGUAAAAAAAUGGGAGGACAUGCAUUUAUUUCUAACUACGAGAAUGAACCAUUCCUCGAAGAUUUAGAUAACGAAUACAUGCAUCGAAAUCAGCCUAAUCAAAUUCUUAUGAUGUCCCAGGAGCAGAAAAAAGUAUUUUUCAAACAAGUGGCAAUGUACAGAAAAAUUGUGGGUUUAUUGUAAAUGUAAAAUAUAAAAAUUUAUUAGCACUAACAUAACUGUGCAAAGCCCUCUGUGUAUGGAUAAUUUUUUUUUUUUUUUAAUAUAUUGAGAUUAGAAAUGUUUAUGGUGAGUUUUGUAACUUAAAAAAGUUUUUGAUUUAACAGUCUUACCUAAAACUAUAACAUGUAAAUAAAUCAAAAUCAAAAGCGAAACCAAAGAAAAUUCUAGAAAGUAUUUCACUAUAAGAUAGUGGAAAUCCUGAACUUAUAUUAAAGGAGUUUUUUCAAUUUACUUGUCGUCAUAGGGAAAACUAUAAAAAAGUCAAGUUGAUUUGCAAAGAGAAGUUUAGUAUAGUUGAAAAUUUUUUGUUACAUCAAAAAUAUUCUAAUAAG